GUCAAUUCACUUCAUCAGUAAAUAUUUCCAAAUUUGAGCCUUAGCAUCAGUCUUCUGACCUAGAUUAUUUGUGAACUUUGGCGAUCAAUUGACUACAGUUUUGUCAAAAUGUCCUCAUCCGACAAUUCAUCGCACAGUGACGUAUUAAGUUAUGAUGAUUUGGGAGCUGUGAGAGCAACCGCAAUAAGAUGGGGGCAUGAGUGGCACUGUGUACGAGCUGCAGCAACAACAGCGACGUGGCCCGGACCAAGAAUCAGAGCGAAUGUAUCAACAGUGUCAACAACAGCACAUGUAGGAGAGACGAUGCGACCCCGAGCGGCAUCUGAAGUAAUCGUGACAAAAGCAUUAUCAGCAGCAAGUCUAGAAACAACGAUGCAACCUCGAACAGGCGCAGGAGCAGCCACGGCAACAGCGUCAUCAGCAGUAUGUCUAGCAUCGACGUCGCGACCCUCAGAAGUGGCCGAAGCAACCGUGCCAACACCGUCAUCAGCAUCGACGAUGCAUCCCACAGCCGGAGGCGGAGCAGCCACGGCAACAGCGUCGUCAGCAGUAGGUCUAACAUCGCCUACGCGACCCUCAGCAGUAGUCAAAUCAUUCGUGUUAUCACCGUCAACAACAGAACGCUUACAACGACGACGACGUAACAUCCUCGACAGCAAUACGUCGAGCAACGAUGUCAAAAGUGUAAUAAUCAUCGGGGCUCCGAUAAUACGGCCCUCAGCAAGAACCGGACCAGCCGCGGCAACAGAUUCAUCAGCAGCAUCUUUACGACAACGAGACAAUAGUGACGCCAGCGGUCCGUUGAGCAAUGAUGACACUGCACUGAACAGGUCCCGGAACGACCAUGUCAAAAGCGUCAUCACGAUCACGUCUCCGACAAUGCUGCCCUCAGUAAGAACUAGUGCAGCCGCGACAACAGAGUCAUCAACAGUACGUCUAGCAUCGGCGACGCGACCCUCAGCAGUAGCCGGAGUAACCGUGCCAUCACCAUCAUCAUCAGCACGUUUAGGACGACGAGGUAAUAGUGUCGCCAGCGAUACGUCGAGCAACGAUAACACAGCUCCGACCUGGAUCUGGAGCGACAAUGACAAAAGCGUCUUCGCCAUCACGUCUCCGAAAAUACGGCCCUCAGCAAGAGCCGGACCAGCCGCGGCAACAGAGUUAUCAGCGGCAUCUUUACGACAACGAGACAAUAGUGACGCCAGCGGUCCGUUGAGCAACGAUGACACUGCACUGAACAGGAUCCGGAACGACCAUGUCAAAAGCGACAUCACGAUCACGUCUCCGACAAUGCUGCCCUCAGUAAGAACUAGUGCAGCUGCGACAACAGAGUCAUCAGCAGUACGUCUAGCAUCGACGACGCGACUCUCAGCAGGAACCGGAGCAACGAUCUCAUCACCAUCAUCAGCAGCACGUUUAGGACGACGAGGCAAUAGUGUCGCCAGCGAUACGUCGAGCAACGAUAACACAGCUCCGACCUGGAUCUGGAGCGACAAUGACAAAAGCGUCUUCGCCAUCGCGUCUCCGACAAUACGUCCCUCAACAAGAAAAGAAGCAGCCACGGCAACAGAGUCAUCAACAGUACGUCUAGCAUCGACGAUGCGACCCUCAGCAGGAGCCGGAGUAACCGUGCCAUCAUCAUCAUCAGCAGCAUGUUUAGGUCAACGAGGCAAUAGCGUCGCUAGCGAUAUAUCAAGCAACGAUGAUGCUGUCCCGACCAGGAUCCGGAGUGACCGUGUCAACAGCGUUAUCAGCAUUACGUCUCCAACAAUACGUCCCUCAGCAGUGGCCAGAACAGCGACGAUAACAAUGCCAUCAGUAGCACGUCUGGCAUCGACGACGCGACCCUCAGUAGCCGGGGCAACCUCGGCAACAGCGGUAUCAGCAGUGCGUGUAGCAUCGACAAUGCGGCCCUCAGCAAUAGCCAGAGCAGCCGCAGCAACAACGCCAUCAGCAGUACUUCUACCACCGACAAUGCGGCCCUCAGCAGAAAAUAGAACAGCCGCGGGAAUAGCGAUAUCAGCAGCACGUCAGGCAUCGACGGCGCGACUCUCACUGGUAACCGGAGCGACUGCGUUAACAACUUUAUCAGCAACACGUCUACGACGACGAGGCAACAGCGUUGCUAGCGAUACUUCGAGUAACGAUGACGUAGCCCCGAAUAAGAUUAGGAGCAACCGCCUUAAUAGCGUCAUCAGCAUCACGUCGCCGAUGACGCGGACCUCAACAGAUGCCGAAGUAGCCACACCACCAGUGCCAUCAGCAGCAUUUCUAGCAGCGACAACGCGGCUCCCAGCAGUAGCAGGAGCAGCCGCGGUAACGUCAUCAGCAGCACGUCUAGCAUCGAUAACGCGUUCAUCAGCAGAAGCCGGAGCAGCAGCGCCAACAACGUCAUCAGCAGCACGUCUAUCACUGACAAAACGGCCCUCUGCAGUAGCCGUAGCAGCCAGGGCAACAGCAUCAUCAACAGGACGUGUAGCACUGACGACGCGGUCCUCAGUAGGAGCCGGAGCAGCAGCGGCGACAACGUCAUCAGCAGCACGUUUAGCACCUACGACGCGAUCCUCAGCAGCAGCAGGAGCAACUACGACAACAGCAUCGCCAACAGGAGGUCGAGCAAGGACGAGACUGUCCCUUGUAGGCGCCGAAGCAGCCGCAGCAACAUCGUCGCUAGCCAUACGUCAAUCAGCGACAACGCUGCUCCUUGUGGGGGCUGAAGCAGUAGCGUCAAGAAUGAUGUCAGUGGAGCCUUCAGCAACGACAACACGGCCCCAAGCAGGAGAUGGAAUAGCUGCUCUAACAUCGUCGCCAGCGAUUCAUCGAGCAGCGACGACCAUGAUACUAGUAGGAGCUGGAGUAGUCGCGUCAACAGUGUUGUCAGAUACAACUUCUUAUUACAGCCCUUCUGAUGAUAUUUCUCAGCCGUGACUGUACGAUCUACAUCUCCAUGAAUAAUGAUAUUUCGGUCUCGGGCAUCAGCAGGAAUGGCUAUGACAACUGCAUUGUUGGCGACUCAACGUGGACCGCUACGUCGCCUGUAAAUGGGAGCAGCGGUUGCGUUGGCGACAUGGUUGUCCUCAGUCGUAUGAAUACGAUCACCACGAAUAGGGCGUUGGAUAGCCAUGGCUUUAUUUUCAUCUUCACCUAGUUCCAUCAUCCGUCUUGCUUGUCCAAUUUUUCGAUUCUGACAUCGUGGAAACUUACUUUCACACUUUGGCUUCUUGUUUGAAUCAUUUUCGUCGCCAAAUAUUUCAUAAUCUUCUUUCCUUGAAAUUUACUUUUUUAUAAGUUUCGGUAGGAAAUUUAAAUAUCAAAAGUUUGUAAAAAGCGAUCUUAGGAUGAAAAAUUUAGGAGGAAUAACUCUACUGUGUAAAUAAAUAUUACAACGUUAUUUCCUUAGACGAAUACAUCUGUUAUAUAAGUUA